AUGGCUUCGUAUUGGCUUGGUCGAUUGCCUACGCCAAACUUUCAGAGAUAUUCUAACAAGUGCUUGACCGCUCCAUCCAAAGGCGCACGCAUUCUCGCGUUGAAUAGACGCUUUUUCGUGGUUCGGCAACACUUACGGAAGAACUCUGAAUCACACCGUCGUCUGGGCAAUUGCACGCGUUUACUGACCCUAUACGAACCCGCCCUAAUCGCACUCGGGCUACCCACUCCCAAGCAGAACUGGACAUUCCUCCUAGAUACCUCGGUGCCCGAGAGCCUCCGCCCACCAGCAUUCGGGCAGUGGUACACGUCAUUUUUCGACCACGCUGACAUCCUCGAUAAGUUGUCCUGGAUAUUAGCCUCCCCUUAUCGUGUUCCCACAUUCUUCAAUGACCUUCCUCUGUCCAUUCAACACUAUGGGGAGGAUGCAGCGGGCGGACCUGCCAUUUUUGAUCUUCUCGAAGCAAAUUCUGGGGCAUAUCGUAAAGCCUUCUUUGAUGCUGAAGUGUUCCCGAGUAUGAAGAGAUCGUUUGUCUGUGGAGACAAGACGGGUGCUUUUGCUAUUGCUGCGUUGUGGGCGGUGCAGGAUGAUGAGAAGGAGUUGAGAUCCGCGAAUGCGAAGCCAGUCAAGUAUAAGAUUAUCAGUGGAGCUAACCAUUUUGUGCAUAUUUGUCUGCUGAAUCUUCAUCCCAUGGUCCAAACUGAGACGCCUUUACUAGGUGCACUGGGAUGA